AUGACAACUCCGUUAGCCACACUGGACUGGUCCAAGGGCGUAGAGUCACAGUUUGAUGAACAUGACAUUAAGAAGAUGGAGACAAACUACCAUGAUGGAUUUGAUCACUUUGAGGCUAUUGAAGAUCCCGAUAUCCAGCAGACCGUGAUGCGCGUCGUGCUACACAAGGAAGAUCUCGACUCUGACCCGGAAAAAAAUCGUAAUGAGAUAAAUGCCAAUGACAAAAGUCAAUUCCGGUUCCCCGUCAACACGAUACGUACGGUUCAGUACUGGUACAAGAUCGAGCACAUCAGCUACUUUGGUUCCGGGUUCUACCACAUUUUUCAAAUUAAGGUAGGUUUGGGUUCACCCCUGUGUACUGUGAGUAUAAAAAACGGGGAUUUAUCGGCAAAUCCAGGUGAUUUCGACCAUGGCGCAAAGCUGUUUUCGGAAAGAAUUAAUUUUGGCACGUACGAGGAUCUCAUUGGGAAGUGGGUUUGCAUCACGAUUGCGACCAAGAACACGCCGGACGGGUACCUGAAGAUACAGUUCCGCGACACCUCGGGAAAAGUCAUACGGAACUUUGAAAAGUUCGAUAUACCAAUGAAUGAUGAGGCGUACGGGGAGAGCGGGCGGAUCAGGAUGGGCCUAUACCGCAAACGCGACGACGGGUUCAAGGACGACGACACACAUAGUGUUUUGAUUGCGAACAUGAGCAUGUACGACACGGACCUUAUUGAGAGCGGGUACUACGUGCCGUUCGGCAACGCGGGCGGGGCGGCGGCGAAAACGUGCACGUGCACUAAACGGGCCCUGUCGCGGGAACGGGCUGUGCGCGCUGUAAAGGCGGUGCCGGAGAUGUACGCGAGGGCGCAGCGGGUGGUGCGUUUGGCAAAGGUCACAGUACUCAUUGUGGUGCUGGGGCUGUGCACGGGGGUCUACUGGACCUACGUGCAGUACCGGAAGCGAAAGACUGCCGGGCGCGGCUAG